CCUUCCCCGCCGCUGUUCCGUGUCCGCUGCCUGUCUCCGUGCCCCGUCCCCGUGCCCCCCGUUCCCUGCCCGGGUUCCCGCUGUCCCGGGAUGUCGCGGCGGGCGGUGCGGGUGCUGCGGCUGGGCGCGGUGCCGUACGCGGAGGCGCUGCGGGUGCAGGAGCGCUGCGUGGCGGCGGCGCGGGCGGCGCUGGUGGCGGCGCGGCGCGGCGGGCACAUCACCUUCCACGGGCCCGGGCAGCUGCUGGCCUUCCCGGUGCUCGACCUGCGCCGCCGCCGCCUCCCGCUCCGCGCCUACGUGGCCGGGCUGGAGGCGCUGGUGCUGCGGCUGUGCCGCCGCCUGGGGCUGCGCUCGGCCCGCGCCCUGCCGCCGCCCUGCACCGGCGUGUGGAUGGGCGACAGCAAGCUCUGUGCCAUCGGCGUGCACUGCGGGAACCACAUCACGUCGCACGGGCUGGCGCUGAACUGCUGCACCGACCUCUCGUGGUUCGAGCACAUCGUCCCCUGCGGGCUGGAGGGCAAGGGCGUCACCUCGCUCAGCCGCGAGCUGGGCCACCACGUCGCCGUCAGCCACGUCCUCGAGCCCUUCCUCGACUCCUUCCAGGAGGUCUUUGAGUGCACUUUGGUCUCCUCGGAGGAGCCCGGGGAUUAGGAUUGCUGUGCUGCCCUGGCCGGGUGCUUUGGUGCCAGGGCAGCCCUGGGGUCUCUCUUGUGAGACCAGUUCUCGUGCCUUUGCCUGUGGACUGUGAGUGGACCGUGGCACAGGGAUUCAGGCUGCUGCUUCACCAUCCAAACCUGCCCUGGGGCUGUUCUCUCCAGCCCUGUGAGCCUCCAUCCCUCAGCUGAGGCCUCCCUGGGUACCACUGACCAUCCAAACCUGCACUGGUGGUGCUCUGUCCUGCCCUGUGAGCCUCCAUCCCUCAGCUGAGGCCUCCCUGGGUACCAUGUCCCCACGUCAUUUGCUGGGGAAGUACCCAAACAGGUGCUUUUGUGGGGUUUUUUCUGCUUUUGGCCCCACAAAAAUUAAAGAUUUGUGUGAAUGCUCAUGAAUUCACAUGAGCUCACGUGGGUCACCCUUCCCUUGCUGAAAGAGGCAGAUUUUAUGUAUAAAGAGCGUUGCUGGGAA